UAAAAAUAAAAAAAAAUUUCUUUAAAUACUCUCUCUUCUUCCUCCUCUGCUCUCUCCAUCUUCCAAGAAAAAGACUUCAUUUUUACCAUUAUUUGCUCAGUCACACUAGCAGAGAGAGAGAGAGCGAGAAACUCAGAGAAGCAAUGGCAAAGAUGCAAUUAUCAAUCUUUAUCGCCGUGGCGUUUCUCGUCUUCUCUUCAUCAACAAACGCCAAAACCGCAAGCCCUCCGGCUCCAAUGCUACCGCCGACACCAGCUCCGGCACCGGCUCCACACCACGUGAAUCUCACUGAGCUCCUAAGCGUAGCCGGUCCAUUCCACACAUUCCUCGACUACCUUCUCUCAUCAGGAGUCAUCGAAACAUUGCAAAACCAAGCCAACAACACAGAGGAAGGUGUCACAAUCUUUGUCCCAAAAGACGAUGCUUUCAAGGCUCAAAAGAAUCCUCCUUUGUCAAAUCUCACAAAGGAUCAGCUCAAGCAGCUUCUUCUCUUCCACGCUCUUCCUCAUUACUACUCGCUUUCCGAGUUCAAGAACUUGAGCCAGUCCGGUCCGGUUAGCACUUUUGCUGGUGGCCAAUACACAUUGAAAUUCACAGAUGUUUCGGGUACGGUUCGGAUUGAUUCGCUAUGGACCAGGACUAAAGUCAGCAGCAGCGUUUUCUCCACUGACCCUGUAGCGGUUUAUCAAGUGAACCGUGUGCUUUUACCUGAAGCAAUCUUUGGUACUGAUGUUCCUCCAAUGCCAGCUCCAGCUCCUGCUCCUGUAGUUAGCUCUCCUUCUGAUUCUCCUUCUGCUGAUUCUGAAGGAGUCAAUGCUAAUUCACCAAAAUCCUCGCACAAGAACUCGGCGCAGACGCUGGCUUUUGCCCCAAUCGCCAUGGUUGUUUCCGGUUUGGUGGCAUUGUUCUUGUGAGAAAGGAGGAGUUUUUUGGUUUUUGCAGGUUGAGUAUGCUCUAAGUUACAUUUUGUGAAAGAGAUUUGUAUUACAUCAUAUUCCACAUUUCGUUUUGAUUUUUGAACCUCAUUUUUUAUUUUAUACCAUUUUAUCAUCAUUAUUGUCAUUUAUCAGUGUUUGUGAAUCGAGAUUGUUCCUUCA